AUGUUCGCGAAAUUGUUAUCGUUUUUGCCUGCGUUCUGCAUGGCAAUAUGUGGCUCCAUGGCUAAGAACGCAUUUCAAAACCCGGUCAUCUUCAACGAUCUGGCCGAUAUUGACCUUUUCCGAGUGAACGAAACUUUUUAUUAUUCCGCAUCAAGCAUGCAUUUCUCCCCUGGUGCCCCAAUUUUGCAGUCUCAAGAUCUUGUCAAUUGGAAGUACCUGGGCCAUUCGGUGCCUUCACUGGAAUUCCAAAGCCCAGCGUAUAAUUUGGCUGACGGCAUGCGAGCCUACGCGCGGGGAGUCUGGGCUUCAACGCUGCGCUUCCGAGAGAGCAAUAAUUUAUGGUAUUGGUUUGGCUGUGUCGAUUUCAAUGCAACAUACAUCUAUACCAGCCCCGGAGUUACCGGUCCAUGGGAACAGAAGUCGGUAUUGGACGGCACUUGUUUCUAUGACUGCGGCCUGCUAAUUGACGAUGACGAUACCAUGUAUGUCACGCAUGGUCAGUCAGUCCUUAAUGUUACCCAACUCACCUCCGACGGUCUCGACUGGAGCAAAACACAAAUCAUCUACAAUUCCACCGUUGGGUACAUUGAGGGUUCCCGAAUGUAUAAGCGCAACGGCUCUUACUACAUCAUCACAGACCAACCGGACAAUGGCCAGUACGUCUUGAAAUCUGACAGUGGACCAUGGGGUCCGUAUGACUUCGGUGUUAUUCUCAACAACACUUCUCCGCCGACGAGUUUAGGCGGUGCCGACACUCCUCAUCAAGGUGCUCUUGUUGACACACCGGAUGGCCAAUGGUAUUAUAUGGCUUUCGUCGAUGUGAAUGGAGACAGUACUGGUCGCGUUCCAGUCCUCUCUUCUUUGAACUGGAAUGACGAUGGGUGGCCAGUCUUGACCCUGGAGGAAAACAACGCCUGGCCCCAAAGCCUCCCAUAUCCAGUUGACUCAGGCGCGACGACUCCCAACUCAGACUCUUCUCUUUUAGGGAAAGACACAUUUGCCGAUGGAAAGCUCGGUCCCCAAUGGGAGUGGAAUCAUAAUCCCGAUACAGAACGAAUCACCGUGGCACCAGGUGAAGUCCGUCUGCAUACAGCAACAGUCACUGAAGUUGAUGAUAUUUACCAAGCCCGCAACACCUUGACUCAUCGAAUACUGGGGCCAGCUUCGGAGGCCACAAUUCUACUGGACUACACAAACAUGGCCGACGGCGACCGAGCGGGUCUGGCGUUGUUGCGAGACAGCUCGGCAGGGAUCGGAAUCCGAAAAGAUGGAGACAUUCCCACGCUUGUGAUGCGCAGAAACAUGACCAUGAAUUCGACAGACAAUUGGUCAACCAUUGACUACGGCACAGAUAUGGCUAGCAUCAAGCUCCCUCGAACUGAUCAUAGGGCGAAUAUAUUCCUUAGGAUAGCGGGAGAUUUCCGAUCAUCAGGAACGCGGAUGGCACAAUUUUCAUACAGCAGGGACGGCAGACACUUUACUGUCCUUGGACAGAACUUUACCAUGAUUAAUGACUGGGAGUUCUUUCAAGCCUACCGGUUUGCCAUCUUCAAUUACGCUACUAAGGCUCUCGGAGGCAGUGUGACUUUGAAAGAGUUUACACUACAGUCGGCCCCCAAUUAA